AUAAAAUAUUAAAGGUUCUUCAACGUGAAGUGAUACGAUUUAUGAGCCGAUACGAAUUUAGGAGCAUAUUCGUGUGUGCAAUUAUUGUAGAUUGGGUAAUUGUAUCUAGCUAGCAUUGGACAUUUAACGUGCAUCGUUUUGCAUUAAAUUUCAACUAAAGAUUUACCAGCAAAAACAAUUGAAUAAGAAAUACGUCGAUGAAUAUCGAUUUGAAAUAUGGUGUUAUGUUUAAUUCGUGAUUCGUGACUGUGAAAACGAACGGAGAGGAUUAUUAUGUGGUUUUAAAACGUACCGAAUAUUUCUAAGAUAGAAACUACUGUUAGUUAAAACAUUAACAAAUUGUGUCUUGCUCUGUGAAAGCUGGUCAUAAUGCAUGUGCGUAACGUUUCGUCCCAGAUUAGCCUGUGCAGUCCGCACAGGCUAAUCAGGGACGACACUUUCCGCUUAAAUGGUAUUUUCCGUUUAAAGGAAGUCCCUUUUUACCGAAAAUCUAGUUUAAGCGGAAAGUGUCUGCACAGGCUAAUCAGGGACGACACUUUACACACAUGCAUUAUGCCCAGUUUUCUCAGAACAAGACACAAUUAAAGUACCAUCUGGUAGCUCAUAGCACACGUGAAGAAGGUUCGAUUAGAAGAGAUGGAAUUCGCAUUUUGCUUGUGUUAUACCCCAAAAAAGUAAACAUGUUUUCAAGAUUGUUUAAGCACAAAGAACACCGAAUGCUAGACCGAAUUUUGCACGACAAACACGUGCGGUCGCCUUUCAUCGCAUCGUUCUUAGCCGGCAGUGGUGUGUCAGCAAGACAGGUGUAUAUUGAGGAAAAAGUCUGCAAGACAAUACGUUUCGUGCGGAUAGAAGUGGUGCCGGAUCCUUUUAUAACCGACCCAUCAUUGCUGAUUGAACGAAAGCAAUAUGAAGGUGUGCAGUUCUGUAUUCCUAUUCAAUUCCAUGGACUACUGAAGAAAUGUCGCAAAGCUAUUUCAUCAAUUGAGGAGAUUCCCGUAGGAGGAGUAUGUUCGGUAGUUCUCAGAGAAAACGCCUUGCUACUUAACGACGGGGACCAUGCAGCCGUAUAUGUCCCUUCUAAAACUAUUCUUGCUGUGGCCUCAAUGGAAAAGGACCACGAAAACAAAUUAGUUAAAGCCGUGUUUCAGGACAUCAAAGGCAACAAAUACAUUGCGAAAGACGUCACUCCGUUGGAAGCCUAUAUUCUUGUCCCCGUAAAACGCAUGACCUUAGAACAGUAUAUCAAUGGUGACAAUCUGAGACACUCGACGGUGGUGACAUUUGAUGAAAUAGACGAAAAUGAUGUUGCAUCAAAUGAUCCUAUGGAAUUCAAAAAGUUGAAAACAAUUCUUGCGGGUCAGGUUCGAGUAAAAACAGUUGAUGAUAUAGAUUUCUUCAUCGCCUAUACGAAUAACGAAAAGGAUCAUACAGUCUUGUUGAUACCAAAAGAAAAAUUAAAAGACAUUCAUGCGAAACUAACCACUUUUGCAUCAGAUAUUGGCAAGGCGGGGUUCAUUUUCAACCAUUUCCAAGGAUGCUCCUAUGAGGCAGUUAUUACUUCGAAACUUUACACUAUUGACCCUAAAAUAAGCACGAUAUGCCAUUUUUCUGUAACAAUUCCUUCUCAUUUAGAUAAUGUGUAUGAGCCAGAUCCCACAUGGGUCACAAAUAAUUCACCUAAAACCAGUUCCAAGCCGCGUAAACAACGCUUUGACAGUACGCCCAUCGCAACAACGAAUCACAUCGAUCCUCGAAAGUCAAAAAGUGAAAGUGAUGAAAUAACAGAGGAUGAUGUGUACGAACUGGUUGAACGUGAUCUUUCCUGCGAAUUUAAAAUUGCAGACCAUACGCAACAAAGUAAAGAUAGCUCGAAAAUGAUGAGGCACACUGUGUCCCAAGACUCGUUCCGUCACGGUCAUGACAAUAGCAAGAUCAAUGAUGAACUGGUAAAAUCACAUUUAGGUUUAAGCUAUAACCCAAACAUGCAAAUGAGAAGACGCGUUUCAUAUGACGAUGAUGAUAAAUGCGGUGAUGAAUCACUAUAUUUAUCACCAUUAAGUAGACAAGACAUCGAAGGAUUUACGAAGCUUCCAAAAAGCCAUGAAUCUAAUACUCAUAACAAUUAUGAUCAUAAAAAUAAUGAACAUUCAAAUGAUGACGGGAUGGAAGAUUGUCUGUACAUGCCAAUGGACGGAAUGUGUAGUCCCCAGAAUAGCAAAGAUAAUGAUGACGUUGAAGAAUCAGAGUAUGUAGCGCAAUUACAACAUCUUCAAGGGCAAGCUGGUGAUUAUGAAGAAACUGACGAAGAUAAAUCAUUAAAAAUGGUUAAGACGCAUGGUGAUUAUGAAGCAACUGGUGAUUAUGUAGACACUGAUGACGUAGAAGCGUUGAAACUUGCCCAAGGGUCAAGUGGUGACUAUGUAGCACCUGACGAUGUAAAGGCUUUGAAAAAUGGUCAAGGCCCAGUUGGUGAUUAUGAAAACCCGGAUGAUAUAGAAGAGCUUAGGCAAGCAAGCAACCAAAUAAACAGCAGCGUUUGUAUUCGAAAACAAUAUCGUCAUGAUCGUAGUAAUUAUGUUAAUUCCGAUUACAGUGCUGUGGCUACGGAAGAAAAGAACGACGACGUGUUUGAAAAAGAGGCGGCAUAUAUCUCCGAUGAUCAACUAUAUGCCGCUCCAAAGUAUUCAAGGCAUGUGGCUGAAGUAUUAAACAAUAAAUGUGAAUCUGAUUGUCAAAUAUACGACGUACCACCGUCGUUAAGAUCUUUGCCAGAAGACUUAAUAAAGAGUGACUUUGAAUCCGAGGGUCAAGUAUACGACGCUCCAAAGUUUACGAAGUCUGUGACUAAAAACUUCAUUAACUUUAAAAUGGAAUCCGACUGGCAAACACACGACGCAUCAAAGUCUUCAAGGUCUAUCACUGAAUUAUACGACUCCCCAAAGUCUUCAAGAUUUGUGACUGAAGAGUUCAUAAACAAUGACACUGAAUCUGACGGUGAAAUAUACGACGCGCCAAAGUCUACAAGGAAUGUGACUGAAAACUUAAUAAAAAUUAAAAGUGAAUCUGACAGUCAAACAUGCGUAGCGCCAAAGUAUUCAGGGCCUAUCUCUGAGUUAUACGACGCUCCAAAGUCUUCAAGAUCUGUGAAUGAGACAGAGUUCCUAAACUUAAACUCUGAAUCUGACAGUCAAAUAUAUGACGCCCCAAAGUCUACAAGGUCUAUGACAGAGAAGCGUAUAGACAUUAAAAGUGAAUCUGACGGCGAAAUAUACGACGCGCGAAAAGUUUUCAACGUCUAUUUCUGAAUUAUACGACGCUCCAAAGUCAUCCCGGUAUGUGACUGAGACUAAAGCGUUCAUUAACAGUAACACUGAAUCUGACGGCCAAGUAAUCGACGCUCGAAAAUCAUCGGGGUCUGUCACUGAAUUAUACUACGCUUCAAAUGCUUCAAUGUCCGUGACAGAAGACUUCAUAAAGAGUGAACGUGAAUCUGACUGUGUAUUAUACGAUGCACCAAAGAAACCAAGGUCAGUAACUGAACACUUAUUAAACAGAGAGAGCCUGUCGGACAGUCUAAUAUACGACGUUCCAAAAUCAGCUUUGCUUAUUACUGCAGAGUCUACUGCCAGAGGAAGUAGCUGUGAUAUUGCAAAUGAAUUCGUUUCAAAAGCUGAAUAUAAUAAUGAAAUUGCUGAGUAUGUUAAUUUAGGCUCAUUUCACAGAGAAGGUGGAGUACGAUUGUCUUAAAGUGCUAUAUUUAUAAAUUGACAUUUUUCAUUUCUAUUCAAAAGUCAAAUAUGCAAUAGGAACAAAAACAGGACAAAAUGAAGUAUCGUCAGUAUCGGUUUGUUUUUUUAUAACAAUCAAUCCAAAUGGAUAAUUGCAAACAUCGUUUGUGACUCUGUUACUUUGUAUAUUUGGUAAAUACAUACAUCACUAAAUAGCGAUAAAAGAACAGAAUCAAACGUUAACGUCUGAAAGGCGGAGUGGUUUUCGGAUGAGCUUUUUGAGCGCAAAUAUUCAAGUACAAAUCAGUAGAAACUAAGAGAAAUUACAAAUAGGAAUUAUCAUGAUCGUCAAAGUUCACACAAAGUAAACAACACAAAGCAUAAUAAUCAUGCUUAAAAUAUUAGGUUAAUAAAUUGAUAAAGUGUCAUUGUUAAAAUUGUUUUAACAGUUUAAUGUUUCUACAUGACAGUGUUGCUGCCAUAUUAUUUUAUUGUAAAACUUUUGCCAUUUUUAUCAUUGUUCAAGAAAUGUUUUUGUCAGUCAAAGAGAGUCCGCAUAAUCAUUAAAAAUAAUAAUACACAUGAUGAGACAAUAUGAAACAAUAUGGGUCGUGCUCUGCGAAAAGGGGGCUUACUGCAUGUGCGUUAAGUGUCGUCCCAAAUUAGACUGUGCAGUCCGCACAUGCUAAUCAGGGAAGACACUUUCCGCCUAAGCAGGAUUUUUGCUAAGAAGAUACUUUCUUAAAACGAAAAAUACAAUAAAACGCGGAAAGUGUCGUCUCUGAUUAGCCUGUGAAUUCCGCACAGGAUAAUCUGGGACGACUCUUUACGCACAUGCAUUACACUGUUUUUUCACAGGCCACGGUCCAUAUAUUUUCACCUGUUCAUACUACAACACUUAUAAAGAUAGAUGUGCGGUAUAAAUUAUUGUAUUGAAAUCAUUUAGAUAUAUGAUCAACAAGUUAUCGAUAUAGUGAUUUAUGUUGAUGUUAUCAUUAUUUUAUGUUCAGUACGAAGUUGGUGGGGUUUUAUCAUCACUUCAUUCCAACACUUUUUCAAACUCAAAGUGAACAAACAUACAGUAGGGUGAAUGUUUUUUCAAUAAAUGUCCGUCUUCCGAAUUGUCUGACAUUGUUGUUUGAUUGGUUUGUUUGCACAUCUUCGGUAUUGGCUUAAAAUGAAAUAUUAGAAACAAACCAUUUCAGUCACGCCAGAAGGCGACUGUGGAAAACAGUAUUGCAAACAAUGAAAUUGAUUAACAGGAUUUUUAACAGAAAUUUAAAUGUUAAAAAUACAUUUUCUCCAAAGAAAUGCAUGUAUUAAUUUCAUAAUAAAUAAUGGCAGGAGAGAAAAGAAAUGGAAACCUCUCAAAAGUACAAUAUAACUAAUAAAUAAUAUAUAGUGUACAAACCAAUGGUGAACAUGUCGUGUAAUAUUAUCGCCUUGCAUGUGUUAUUAAUAUUAUUUCGCUUGUUCUUGCACUUUAUCGAUUGUUGUUUCUGUUUCUCAUGUUGGAUUUACAUUAUGUCAUUUAUAUCUCA